AUGGAGAAUUCUGACUCUACUGCCACAUUCAGCUCGGCAGACCGAAUCCGCCAAUUAAAUGACAUUGAUCAGGAUGUUGCAAAACUCAUCAAUUCAGCUGGCCUUGCGAUCCAGGCGUUAUCUAAUGCAACCCCCGAUUCAUCUUCUACGACCCAUGAUGGCUCUCUCCAAGCCCACAAGACACAAUUCAAAGAGGCCACUGCACAGUAUUUUGCUCUUCUAUCCUCCAUCGACGUACGACUCAGACGCCAAGUAUACGCCUUAGAAGAAGCUUCCGUGUUAGGACCAGAUUCCAAUUCCCGCACUGGCGAAACGACAGGGGCUAGCACAACAGGAACCGGAGUUCCAGGAUCUGGAGGUGCCGCCAACCCACUUGAUAUAAGCUGGCUGAAUAGCCGAAAAGACACGGUCGGGAAGGACAAAGAAGCUGAACUUUGGGCAUCAGCACGACGAUUUGUUGAGCAGUUGGACACCGAUCAGCCAAAUGGGGAUCCUGAAGACAUGCAGGUAGACUAA